AUGGAUCCAUAUAGGGAUUCACAGCCCACCCAAGCGACGCAAACUGUCGUCGACCCGAGACGGUUGGGUCAGCAGAGCGGUGGUUUUUCAGACGAAGACAUAUCCGACAUAAUAUGUCUGCUUCUACCUUACUCAGAAUCCGCGCGCCAAGAGGUCAGAAGGAUUGCCGCAGAGACAUCGCAGCAUAUGGUCGGGAAGGAAGAUGUGGACGGGCUCAACCUGGACUAUUCGCUGGAGGACGAAUCGCGGAACUUCGCCGACGUUCAAUCAGACGUUGGCCACAUUGCCCUCCGGUUUUCGUCAGACGUCAAGGACCCCUCGAAAGGCUUCACCUUUGGCAGGAAUGCCAGCUGUUGUGACAUCACCCUCAUAAACGACCCUCAGCGACGCCUAAGCAAGAUACACUUCCGCAUAUACCUGAACGAGUGGGGUGUAUUGAUGCUCGAGGACAUGUCGACGAACGGGACCGUGGUCGACGGGGUGCUGCUUAAGAAAAAGGACGGCCCCUCUGCCGAGACAAAGAGGACGCUCAACAGCGGGUCGAAAAUCAAGAUCCUCAUGCAUAAAGCGGGCCUCGACAUUGUCUUCUUAGUUCGGAUCCCGAUUCGCGAUGGCCCCUGUCAAGAAGCCUAUCAGCAUAAUCUAGACGACUAUUUGGGAGGCCGAGCACGCGGUGUUGUUGACCUGAACGAGACCAUUGUCCCUGGGCCGGGUGGGCAUGUGGAUAUCUUCAAGCCUGCUGCGCCAAGGCAACUGGCUGGCCCGGCUCGCAACGCAAACAAUGCUGUCGGGGCUCGACGGGCGCAACUGGAUGACGGUCGAGCGAGGCAUGGAGGCCGUGCUCGUGCCGACGGCCUUCCAAGGCCAUGGAACGGUUCGAACAAGUACAAUCGUGUGUGCGAAAUCGGCCGGGGUGCUUUCGCCACGGUGCAUAAAGUGACCAACAAGCUCACGGGCCAGCCGUACGCGGCAAAGGAGCUCGAUAAGCGCAAGUUUAUGAAGAAUGGCGUCCUCGACCAGAAGGUGGAAAAUGAAAUGAGGAUCAUGCAAAAGAUCAAACAUCCAAACAUUGUGGAAUACAUCGAACACCUCGACUGGGACGACAGGCUCCUCAUUAUCAUCAUGGAUUUCGUUGGCGGGGGCGACCUGGGUAGGUUGAUCGCAGAUAACGGCCCCCUGUCGGAGAGCGCCACAAAGACGAUGGCGAGGCAGCUACUGGACGCACUCGGGUACCUGCACGACAUGAACAUCACCCACCGCGACGUGAAACCCGACAACAUCCUUGUGCACUCCCGAGAUCCCUUUGUGGUGAAGUUGACGGACUUUGGACUCUCCAAGAUGGUCGAUAACGAGCAGACCUUCCUCCGGACCUUCUGCGGGACCCUUCUCUACUGCGCCCCUGAAGUCUAUUCCGAGUAUACCGAGUACGACGAUCGCGGCCGCCGACAUCCUCGAAACCGGCACCUCCGCCCGACCACGGGACAGCGAUAUGACCACGCGGUAGAUAUCUGGUCAUUAGGCGGUGUCCUGUUUUAUGCUCUGACGACGAAGCCGCCUUUUCCCGCCCGGAAUGGGGCCAGUCACUCCGAACUCCUUCAUCAAAUCAUGACAAGACCUCUCGACGUCUCACCACUCGUAGAAGCGGGAAUUUCAGAGGAAGGCAUUGAUUUCCUCCGCCACAUGCUUAACCGGAGACCGGAAACUAGGGCCACGGUGGCAGAUCUCCAGAGUCAUGCGUGGAUUGCAGGGUCCUUCUCGACCGUUGCGCAGUCAUUCGAGGAGAUCGCAGACGAAGAGCUGCGUGUCAACGCCUCCCAGCUGAGCCUAGAGGAUCCCGAGAGGAAUUACCGGGCGGAAUGUCGAGAGCUGCGCGUCCCUAGUGACGAUGACAUUACAGAUGAUGAAGACGAUGAUGUGGAUUUCGACAAGGACAAUCCGACCAUGUACGAGUCCGAGAAGGAAAACUAUACGUUCGGACCGAAUAACCGCCCGCAGCGGCUUUUCGGCGAAGUCAACCCCUCCGCCGUGAGAAGCUCGGGAGUCCCGGCAGAGCGUCUGAACCUACCAGUGUCGGCCGGGACCAGCUUUGGGUCGACAGGGACGACGGAAAUCCUUGGCGCUGAGACGGAAAUCAAGGACAGUUUCGAGUCCGAGGACAGCCCCACCACCCCUCGGCAAAAGUCCCAGAAAUCCCAGCCAGCGUCAGGGGGUCUGCGAGCCUCACCGACCGGUCUCGACGAGAGCACGUCGGUUGAUGAGCUCAACAACAUGACCUUUGACGUCGCAUCACAGAGCCUCGGCGGUACGGAGUCGAUUCUCGAGAACCUUAACAUGAAGUCGCACGCCGGCUCCCUUCUCCGCUCCCGAACGAUCGGCGAUCUGAACUCGAGCAAACGAAAGCCUUCAUCUGACAGCAGCGAGGGGGAUGAGGUGCCGUCCGCGCAAGACCGGCGCGGUCUCAAGAGGCUUCGAUCCGAAGGCUCAACAAAGCUCACGAUCGGCAAGCUCGUUGACAGGGGCGAGUAUGAGCUGCUUGCGCAGAUGCCGUCCAUCCUACGAGCCCAGUCCGGGCGGCAAAUCGACAUCCCCGUGCACAAAUCCACCUACUGGUCAGCGCAGGAUAGGAGAACCUGGCAUCUCAACUACCCGGAGAUGACCCAAUUGCAACUCGACGCCUUCAAGUUGGCCGCCUCGGCCAGGGAGGAGGAAUUCGGACCGGGCAAGACGCCUCUGUGGGAUCUAGCCAUGAAGUACUUCCCAGCCAUCACCAAUUGCGAGCGCCGUGGCGAAGCGGCCAACGGAGCCCAGAACCAUGACGCAGAAGAUAGUUUGAUGCCCUCCACCGCCAACGGGGACGCGAGCAUUCCAGCUACCCCUCCGGACACGGAGGAUCUUGUGCCGGAGCUCGUCGUACCGAUGCACUCGGACCCGGGGAGGCCGGUAGUCGCAUAUCUCCAGUCCGUAUCCGGAUCAGCUGUUACCGGGAUUACUGUCUUGGUCACCGAAGCCAUGGUAUCGUGGGGCCGAGCACCCGGGAACACGCGGACUUUCUCCCCCAAGUCGGAGGGCAAAGUGCCAAAGUACGCCUUCAAGAUCCUUCUAUGGAAGCAAAACUAUGACCCAGCCAAGAACUUCCGUCCGUGGAAUCGCUCCGCGGAGGCCGACGAGGGGUCAUUCUACUUCUACAUCUCGACCAAGGCGAGCCAGGGCAUUUACAUCAACGGCGUCCACCUGCCAUCGGACGACUACAAGAACCCCACGGGGCCAUCCCGAUAUUGGAUGACGCUCCACGACGGAGACCGCGUGUCGGUGUGGCAGAACUCGGACCAGUCGUCCGUGACGCAACUCGUCUUCCGCUGCGGCUGGGGCGGAAGUGCGCAGCCGCGGCCGGACAGCGGGCCGUGCUUCGCGCCCGACGCCGUGGCCAACAAGCUGGACGAGGUCUGCGGGCGGGCGGAGCGCAAGAUGCGCGGCCUGAGCGAGCACGACCUCAAGAUGGAGGAGGCCAACCACGACAUGGACGAGCGCCUGCACGCCGUCGACCGCGAGCGGCAGCGCUCGCGCGACUUCGAGCUCAAGCGCCUCGAGGCGUGCCGCGCGCUCGGCAUCCGCAGGGUCAGUCCCGCGCCGGGCAUCACGCUCGGCGAGGACUCGGCCACGCAGACCCCCUGGUCGUCGUACAUGCCCGGCGGCCGGACGGUGCCCACCUUCCGGCAUGCCUCGCCGAGUACGGUUGAGCUGCUGAGAGCCGCCAGGAGGGGAUAG